CUCCAAGAAGCUGCCAAAGAAAGGAAGAAGACUCGGAUGGGAACCUUAGUGUAAUGAAAUUCUGCAGAAGAAGUGGCUGAAACCAUCAAAAGAUGAUGCAGCGUGAGCUUCCCCAGCCUUCAUGGCCAUUCUACAGUGUCAUAGAUUCAACUUUUGAACAGGUUGAAGACCAUGACCUAAACAUGAAGUUCUCCCCGGUGGAUGGCUAUGAUUUAUCUUCAUUAUUUACUACAACAGAGGACUCCUCUGAACUUUGUCAAAUCCCCUGUUCUUCAGCCAUGUUCCUUGAUGACUUUCUCCCGUAUCCACCCUUUGAUGAUUCCCAGCAGCAAGUCAUGCUAGCCAUGAAAGAUUUCUCGAUGGGGUUGGAGGGGUUAGAUUAUUCCAUAUGGGAUAAUGAGAUUCAGGGCACCUAUGGUCUUUUUGGAGAGAGUGAGGGAAGUUUCCCUCUGCCACUGGUGUCAACUGAAGGAGAAGACUUUUUGAGUCAUAGCCAGUCAAUGAAUUCUGAGUCAUCAACAGACGUAGUAUCUAUUCAACCAUCAUUAAUCUUUCCAGGAGAAGACAUGGAAAUCGAUAACCAGUUGAGAGUUCAUCAUCUACUUCAGGCUUAUGGAGAAGCCUUGGAGAAUGAACAGAGAGAGCUUGCAGAGGUUAUUUUGAGAUCCAUCGGUGAGAAAGUUAGCCCGGUUGGCGAAACCUUUGAGCGUGUUGCCUUCUACUUAUCCCAGGACAUUGGGAAUCAAGGUGACUAUCUGAAACAAGAGUCCUGCAAGAACUUUGAGGCUGCAUUCAUGGCAUUCUACCAAACCUUCCCAGAAGGAAGGUUUGCUCACUUUGCAGCAAACUCGGCGAUUCUUGAAGCUAUGCCAGACGAUGAAGAGAUGAUACACAUAGUCGACUUUGACAUGGGAGAAGGGGUUCAGUGGCCUGCAAUGAUUGAGGCCAUUUCAAGCCAGCACAAAACAUUAAAGCUGACAUCAAUCAAAUGGGAAGAGGAGGAUUCUAAUUAUGUUCCUUCACCAUGGAGGUUCGAGGAGACAAAAAGGCGGCUCUACGAUCAGGCGAGAUCUUCUGGUCUAAAGCUGACGGUGGAGGAGAUGGGAAUUAAGAAUUUGGUGAGUGAGAUGAAGAAAAUGAAGAAAAGGGCUGGAAGGAGAGAAUGGUUGGUUUUCAAUUGCAUGGUGGGGCUUCCACACAUGGGGAGGGGGAGAAGCAGAAAGCUUGUUAUGCAGUUUCUAAGGGUAGCUAAGGAAUUGAUAGCUGGUAACAGGGGAAUUAUAACCUUUGGUGAUGGAGAUGGAUGUGAAAAGCUGAAAAAUUGCUCUGCUUUUGGGUCAUUCUUUGAUGGGCAUUUGGUGCAUUAUCAAGCCUUGUUAGAAUCAUUGGAAGUGAAUUUCCCACAUCAUCUUGCAGAAGCAAGAGUAGCCAUGGAGUGUCUCUUUGUGGCACCUUACAUCUCCUCUCUUGCUUGGUUCCAAAAGUGGGAGGAGAUAAGGGAAGGCUGCCAUCUUCAGGCAGCGCUUGGGUUGGAGGGUAGGAGACUGAGCAAAGAGAUACUAACAGAAGCAAAAGAAAUGGUAAGAGAAGGGGAAAAUUCAUAUGGAGCAAGAAUCCAAGGGCAGAUUGGAAAUGAGAUGGUCUUGAAAUGGAAAGGAACUUCAAUAGUGAGAGUUUCAGUCUGGACAAAUCAAAUCUAAAAGGGUAUAUACAUGUAUAAUAUCCAGAGAUGUACUUUUAUUUGUUAUUGUAUAGAUUGUUUCAGCCAAUACAGCAAAGAAAAUAUUGAUUAAAAUGACAAAUAAUAGAGAACUAC